UACAAGCUAGCAUUCGCCAAUCAGAACGCCGAGAGUGCACUGAGGAUAAUGAUUGGAAGACCUAGUGUGUAGUCGUAGAGGUGGUGAGUUUCGAUCGAGUGGUCUGUGAAGCUGUACGACAGCGGCGAUUUAAACGAUUGCGAAUCAGCAUUUACACGGACUACGCCGAAUUCUUUUUGAAAUUUAUUGUACUAUCUAUAUAUUCAGUUCAAUUAAUAUAAUUUUGGUGGAAUGCGAGUAAACGUGUUUGGUGAAGUUCUGUUUGUACACAGUUGUCAUCGUCAUACAGUACUCUGACUCAUAAUGUACAUGAAAACAGUGCUCGAGUAUAUGUCAGUUAACACAGUGUCAGAGUAAUUUGUAUACCGAAAGAAAGAGGCAGUGAGCGCAAAGCAGACAAAAUGGAAGGAAACAUUGAAAGAGAAUGCAGCGCGUUGGGAGGACUAUUUCAACAGAUAAUCAACGAUAUGAAGAAUGGAGCACCACUGUGGGAGGACCUUAUCGCCAAAGCUACGAAGUUGCACACAUGUCUGAAGGCAACAAUUCAGGCGAUCGCCGCUUAUCUGGAUGCCUUCCAAAAGAUUGCAGACGCCGCCACUAACACCAGAGGUGCUACCAAGGAGAUCGGCACUGCAUUGACACGAAUCUGCCUCCGACACAAAGCAGUGGAGGCCCGUAUGAAGACAUUCACAAGCGCCAUCAUGGACUGCCUGGUAAUUCCACUACAGGAGAAGCUAGAAGAUUGGAAGAAGGCAGUCAUUAAUUUGGACAAAGAACAUGCUAAAGAAUACAAACGUGCCCGUGCUGAACUAAAGAAGCGAUCGACAGAUACUCUGCGAUUGCAAAAGAAAGCUCGAAAGGGCAAGAAUGGUGAAUUGCAGCGCAGGGUAGAGAGCUGCUUGCAAGACGUGAAUGAACGCCGGCAACUUUUGGAGGAAACUGAAAAGAAGGCAGUGCGUGAGGCACUUGUAGAAGAACGCAGCAGAUACUGCCUGCUGGUUGCUUUCUUGAAACCGGUUGUGGAUGAAGAAGUUGCCAUGCUGUCGGAGCUGUCACAUCUUCAAGAAGUUGUUGAUCAAAUUCAGAAACAUACAGCUGACCCAUACACACUACCACCUGCAAGUGAACAAGUGAUUGCAGAUCUAAAGGGCUCUGAUAGCAACUGGUCAUUCCAAACACCACCAAGCAGUCCCAGCUCUCUUGGGUCACGAAAAUCGAGCAUGUGUAGCAUCAGCUCACUUAACAGUUCUUCCAGUGGAAGUAGCAAGUCACAUCAUUCUCCAAGUCACCAUUACUGGCAUCGGUCAUUGUCUCAGCAUCCCCUGCCUGCAAGCUUACCACGCAUAUCCAGUGUUUCUUCCCAGGAUUCGGGCUUCACAUCACAGGAUACGCUGUUUGUGCGGCCACCGGCAGUACAGGUGUCAAAUGCUUCUGAACAGAGCAGCAGUGGUAGUAACCCCAGUACACCAUCAGCCCCUUUUGUGAGUGCCAGUUCAACCAGCACGCUUCCCACAACUACUGCAACCUGGCCAAAUCUACAAGAGACUCUACAGUUUGAGCGUGCUGCCACAGCAAUUAUGAAUGAUCGUCCACAUACAAUUUCAUCAGCAUACGAACGCGGGCAUCAGAGACCACCACUGACAGUAUACACAUUCCAAGCACCUGAAGCAAGCCACUCACAGCCAGUGAGUCCAGUUUCUGCACUGGGAGUGGCAGCUGCAACAUCAACUACAGCAACAACAGAUGAUGGGUCUGUUCAGUUAAGACAGUCUGUUAACAAGCAGCAGCAGCAGCAGCAACAAUUGCAACAGCCUGUGUAUGCUCGGCCUCCGAUCCCUCAGCGUUGCUCUUCACUUGAGAGGCCUUCAAGACCAACAACUGCCUCGCCAAAAAUGUCCAUACCAUCAGCCAGUACACAGGCUGGCAUUGCGAAGGCUGCAGCAGCUAUUGCUGCUGGCCGGUCAGUUCAUUUAAAGACUGAUCCUCCGAAAAUUAUUUUGCCUGGUGCACAACAGUCUGCAAGCAAGGAACCAUCGCAGCCUAUGUAUGUAAAUAUGCAUGAACUAGCCAGUAUGGCUGCAAGCAAAGCACAGGAGAUGAACUUCCCACCUCCACCACCAGAGCUUACCAAUCCUCCAACUGAGACUCCUGAUAAGGUUGAAACUGGAGAGAAAGAUGGGAGCACAAGUGAAAGUUCACUGGAGUCGUCCAGUGGUUAUGGCAGCCAGAUAAUUACCAUGGAAGAUGCUGCUCACAAUGAAGAUGUGUCGUUCAGUGUGUGUAGCUUGGACGCUGCUAGCAAGUAUUGCACGCUGCCCCGAUCAGGUGCAGUUCUUCCACCUAAUGGGCAGCGCCAGAGGCCAGUCUCAACAACAGGAUACCCAAGUGGAACUAUGCGUAACUCUCUGCUCAGGCGUAGUUCAGUACAAGGUCACAAACCACCUCCACCCAUCCGCCGCACGUCGUCUAUUUCUGGGCGAGCUUUAAGCCCUGUCGGUGGUAGCAUGGAAAAUUUGCCACCUCCGCCAGCCUUUCUGCUUCAGGACGGCUGUGGAAAUGGCGACAGUGGGCGCGAGAAGGAAAGAGCUGGAAGUGUCGCAGAGACUGUGCGUACACUGACAGAGUUGAGACACCAGCCGGCCAGUCCAGUGAUGCCGCGCCGCGUUCCUCCGUCCCAGCGGCAGUCAGCGCCACCGGCAACACACCUUUCCCAAGAAACUACCACCACAGUGGCAACGCGGGCUGCACCAGGGCGAGGUGGCGCAGCAUUCUUGCAGGCACUCAAUGACAAACUAGCCCUGCAGCAGCAGGCUGCUGCACAAGGGCAGCUCCGUGCAGGCAAAGUGAGGCAGCUCAUCGCUAGCCGAACUGUCUCGGACCCUACCACCUGCCACGAAUCUCUUAUGGACCAAAUACGACGAGGGACAACUCUCAGGAGAACGGGAACAGUCAAUGACCGAUCUGCACCAAGGAUACGCUGAGCCUUGUCUCGGCGGGCGGACUUGUCCGUCAGCCGAUUAUCAUCACCAGCAGCAUUCUAAGACUUUGAUGACCAUGAAGAUCUCAGGUGUGUGUGCUAUCUGCCACGUGUACAAGACUGAUGUGUACUUGUUGGAAAUUCACUUACUGGUGCUAUUGUUCCUUCUCAUGGGGUCUAGACUGCUUGCAUUUCUGUGUAUUUCUCUUUGUUCCCAAUUUUACUUAGACUGAAGAUUGGAUCUCGCAAGCGAAGAAGAAACAGUCUUGUCUUGUGUAGCAUUCUAAAUUGAAAGCAGCAGUCAUUAUUUUGCUGUUACUCGUUUCUGCCAAAGAUACACCUUGUUACAUCAUAACUCUUGGCAGUAAUGUAGAUGCUGAGGCUUUAGAUUGAUAUAUAAAUAAAAUGUGAUACUUUACGCCUAACAUUCCAGCAGCAGUGUCACACUGCAGUUACUAAUUGCUUGUACGGAGGUCAGCCCGUAUGUAAAUGCUGACAGUUUUCUUCAGAACUCUGAAGAGUUGGUAAGAAGUCUACAAAUGGAUCAUUUGCAUUGUGUGUAAAUAUAUUCAGUAUCCCAAGUGAUUUCCUGAUAAUGUUUAUAUAAGCAGCAUUUGAUAACAGAUUAUAUGUAUAUGUAUUGUAAUAUUUUGUUUGUACAGUCAAAACUUCUAUAAAUUGCUCUGUAUUUAAAGAUGCAUUUCUUGUACAGUUCAAGACCUCUAUUCUUUGUAAAGUUGAAGUUGACACUUUUAUAUGUUACGUGUAGCAAGGGGAGAGUCGAUUUCAGGGAAAAAAAAUAUGUGUUGCAAUUACAGCCUUCAUGGGGUAGUGACUACACACUGCCACUGUAGUGUACCGAGAGAGUGUAUCUUUGUUGAUACACUGUAAAAGGCCAUCGGUUUGGUAUUAUUGAAUUUUUAAUGAGAGUCCAUUUAUUGUACAAUAACUGACACCUGCUUUAUUGUUUAAAAUAUACCUGACUGAAAGUAGCUGUAAAGAGCUUGUUUUUGUUGUUAAGAGAUCCAUCAGUAUCUCUCUGAAAGUAACUGCCAGUCUGAUUUCUGUUGUCAAAACGCUAAGAACAGUGUGUUACUUCAAAAUGUCUGGAUAGUUCAAUUGUGUAACUAAUGUUGACAAUAGUUUUUACUGACAUAAUAUAUUAGUGUCAGUUUGAGAGUUCAGUUAUACAUUUUUAUUUUCAGUUUUGCAGUUGCCAAGAAAUUUAUGUUGUGUAUACACAUUGUGUAGCUGUAUUUAACAUGAAGUAUUAUAAAACUGUUGUAUUUGUUGAAAAUUGAAGCAAUGCUAUCUGGAUAACAAGAGUUAUUACAAAUAUGUAAUGGAGCAGUAGCUUUAAUGUUGUUAGAACGUAUACACAGUUUCAAAUUUUCUCUGUAAGUUGAACACAGUUUUUCAGUUUGCUGUCAAAAUUUUCUGCCACAUACAUUUUAUGUAGCUGUUGACUUUCAUUAUUCUUUCACUUCUUUUCACAGCAGUGGCCUGAAUUUUAUUUCUGGAUGUUUCCCUUAGUGCUAACUUUCUGUAGUACUCACAAUCAAAACAUUUGAAAGAAAAGCUUUUCCUAUAUUCAUUUUUUAGUAAUUACUGUGCAUAGGGAUGUCCAUAAUCCAUUGCUGAAGUAUAAAUUGUUCUGCAGUUUUUGGAGGAACUAGUUUUACCAAAAGGAUACUUACAUGGCUUUCUGAAACAUGAAAGUUGUGCAAAUGAAUCCUGUGUAAUGUUUUGCUGAGGGAUAUUUUGUUUAGUGUGUGGGGUAUUUGGAAGCUGUGGAGUCAGAAUCCUGAAAUUUUUCCAAUUCUUUGUUCUUGCAAACCCACAUUUUACACAUAAUGGUAUUUCUGAUAAAUGCUUCAUGCUCCUGUCUACUCAUUUGUAGUGUCUGUUGUUAGAAGUGAACCAAAAUCUGAAUUCCCCACAUACUUAAAACACUAAAUAGAUCUGUGCAGAUGUAAUGAUGGCAGUAGAUAAAGAAGAGUUUAAAACAGCAGUCCUAUUGAAACGUUAUGCUGUGCUUUUAACAGAUAAAGCUCAAUAUGUAACUAAAAUAUGGUAUAUUUAAAGGGAAUAUUUAUGUGAAAUGCUUGUGUAUUAUAUAUAUACAUAUAUAUAUUUCUAAUUUUGUUUCUAUUUGCAACUGUAAGUAAAAGAUUAGUAGGAAAUAAACAUUUAACAGUG